AUGGACAAACUCACAGUGGUCUCAGAACUGUUCUGUAACGCAGCAGAAUGGCUACUAAUUGCAUCAAGAAUAAUCAUAAUAAGGAAGGUGCUCAAGACCAAGAGUGUCUCGGGCCUCAGUCUCAAGACAAACGUCCUCUACCUCAUCACGUACUGUCUCCGGUAUCUCCACCUUCGCCACUGGUUCAAAUACUCCUGGAAGAUCGUCUACUCAAACGUGAUCAAGACGGCCUUUCUCUUCUACCAGUUUGCAAUGGUCUUUCUCAUCUUCUUCCGCUUCAGAAAGAGCUACUACCGAAGACACGACUCAUUUCCAAUCACGGUCAUUCUCGUUGUUGCCGCCCUGGCUGGGUUUCUGGCUACCAGAAACACCUACUGGAACUACUACGAGGAUCUCUGCUACAACAUCAGUUUGGCACUGGAGGCCGUUGCCAUUCUGCCGCAGCUUGUGAUGACCCAGGAGAGCGAGGACUGCGAGUCGAUGACUUCCAAGUACAUUCUGACUCUUGGGCUCUACAGGUUCUGCUACUUCGUCCAUUUUGUGAUUCUGAGGUGGCAGAAGCGGUACAUCGAAAUGUUCAUGAUCGUCACUGCCCUGGUUCAGACUGGGCUCUAUUUGGACUUCUUCUACGUCUACUACGCCUACGUAUUCAACAACAAGGAGGCUGGGCUGAACUUGGAGAAGGCAGGUGCCAAGGACACGGUCAGCGAGAGGCCAAAGAACGCGUUUGAUUUUACUAAGGCAAUUUGA